AUGGGACGAGAUCGCGAUAUUUGCCUGCUAAAUGAGAGCAAGGGGAGGGGAGGGGGGGCGCGGGUGUGGCUAUGGACGGGGCGCCGCCGGACAGGGACGCAGACUCCGGCAUCGAUCACGCAUCCAUCCCGACCACGACCACCACCAACAGCAGCAGCAGCAGCAGCAUACCUCGUCGCUCCUCCUGGUGGUGCUCAGCUACCUCAAAUGGAGUUGUGCGAGCUGCAUCUGCUACCGGAGGACGAUACCUGGCCGUCUGAUAUCGAUACACGUAUCGCUCAGCUUGAUUUCGGUGGUGAUUCGGCUUUAUUCGCCUCAAGUUCGGUUAGCACUGAUUCGUUAGACUCGGAACAGUUACGAGAACGAUGUCGUCUACGAACUGAAGAUUUCCAACUGACAUUUGCUGAUUCUGGACAUUGGCAAAGUGGACAGCUUACCACUUGGGGACGUAUUCGAUCUACGGAACCACUCGAAGAGAACACCGCUAGUGCGCCAGAUGUGACAACUCGUCCACGAACAACGCCUUCUGCAGCGGCUCCACGACCAACAAGUCUUCUGGCGAAUUUCGUUGGCCGUGAAUCGCAGGACAACGUGAAUGGCGGUCGUUACGUGGACGUCAACGACAACGAGAUUCAACUUGAGGCGAGUUCCUCAAAUACACAGGAUCGUUGGCGUGCUGCAAGACCAGCUCCCAGUACCGCACGACCGCCACCCGUCAAACCACGACGGACGUUCGCUGACCUACACAAGUCGAUCGCACCCGAGUUGCAGUUUCUGGCGCUACCGCAUCAGAUUCCAACGUUGUGCGAGUCUUCAACGAUGUCGUUGAGCGACGUCAUGCUGAAAGUACAACGUGAAGGCAUACCACCUCUUACCUCCGAUCUCGAUCUGCCACUUCCUUCACUACUUCAAACAACUCAGCUCGAGGAAGACUCCCCAGAUUCUGGAUUAGGCUGCAGCGGUCCGGUGCACAUCGAAGACUGGGCAUCACUAUCUAUUCUGUUACCAAAACAUGUUGCUGAGGCAUGUUCGUUUUUCAAAUCGAAUGCUCAGUUGCUGGGCUCGUCCUCACAUUCCAAUUGUAUCGAACGAAAACGAACCGAGCCGUGUAGGACAUGUUUCCGAGUGCGGAGAAGAAUACACCCUCCUAGUUGGGCGCAUUCUGCCGCAUCGCGACAUGUGCUGUGUGAUUGUUCACCAGAUCGGCCGGAAACCGCACACGAAUUAAUGCCAAGGAGUAGAAGGUCGUCUGGUAGUCAACAGAUUCGAGCUAGGGAGUUAUCUGUUGUUGGACUACCAAUCUACUCAACAAAACGUACCAUGGUAGAAGCCGUUGUGGAUGCCGUGGCUGCAAUCGCCCGAGGCGAAGCACCGAAUGCACUGUUCACAGCGUUAGCCGCUUUAGUAUCGGAUGGACUUAAUGAAGACACUUCUUCGUGGAGUAUGAUUCGCACUGUUACUGCACCAGGUCCAGCUACGAAAGACGUAUACUCAAUUGUGAACAAACUGGAUUUAAGCGAGAAGUCCGAAAAUUCUCGCGUGGAGCAGUUCUUCGAAGAGCUUUUUAGGGAAAAUUCUCUGGAUUGCUGGUUAUGUUAUGUGGUUCUAAAAGAAAAUGUACUUCGUCGCUUAUACACUCCCGGAAGCUUUCUUUUGGACGCACCAACUGCGUACAGGACGUUAUUAUGGCGAUUAGUGGACACGCUUGCAAUUAUUCCAGUGUUGGAGGUUCGUGAGUGUUCACACGCUCAUCAAACACAGUCGAUGCUUUGGAGUGGGCCAUGUAGGCUUCCGGCAGAUUCACGAGUUCCGAAGAGUUCUUCUGUACCGGCUCGAUUGUCAAGUUCCAAUCACAAUCAUCGACGUUCACGAAUACCGUUGCCGAAGAGUCGCCUAAGCAUGCAUCGAACACUUUCGUCAGCGGCGGUGCUUACCGCAUCGCCACUCGCUUCUGUGAUUGCGGACUCGUGCGAACCGGGCCAAUUGGUGGUGUCACGCGGCGAAAGUGUACGAGUCCUAUCGCGUCGCGGCCCGAUCGCCCGCUGCUGUCGCGUGCAUCGUCGUCGCGAUCUCGUGUCGAUCGGCAUCGUUCCACUCCAAAACCUCCUCAUCCGAUGA